GUGCUCUUAGACAUCGAGCAAAGUAAAACAAAACCAAGUUAGAAGAACAAAGAAAAAAAAAAGGAAUUUAUUAAUCUUUGAAGAAGUUGAAAAUGCAGGGAGCUAAGAAAGCAGGAGAGACAAUUAAGGAAACAGCUGCCAACGUUGGUGCUUCUGCCAAAUCUGGUAUGGAGAAGACUAAGGCAGCUGUUCAAGAGAAGACCGAGAAGAUGACAGCACGUGAUCCAGUUCAAAAAGAGAUGGCAACCCACAAGAAAGAUGCUAAGAUGAAUCAGGCAGAGUUAGAUAAGCUGUCCGCGCGUGAACACAACGCGGCAGUUAAACAGUCUACCACGGCAACGGUGGGGCAAAUGGGUCAGCCCCACCAUACCACUGAGACUGAAACUGCCACAUACUCUACCACUGGAAAUUACGGACAGCCCACUGGGGGCCAUCAGAUGUCAGCACUGCCCGGUCAUGGAACCGGACAGCCCAUGGGCCAUGUCACUGAAGGAGUGGUGGGUUCACACCCAAUUGGGACUAAUAGAGGCACAGAUGGGACCGCUACUGCCCAUAAUACCCGUGUUGGUGGAUAUUCCACCGGUGGUACUUAUAAGUAAUAACUAAAUCAUUACACACAAAAUAAGGUUAAGGAGUGAAUUGUUUUCCACUCCAGUCAUUGUCUUGUAACUUGUUUGUUUCUCAUUUCUUUUCUUUUUUUGGUAUGAGCUUGUGGAUGUUCCUAUUAUUAGUGUGUGGAACAUUAUGUGCUUUGGAGUUGUAAUUUUACUUUGUUUCAAUAAAAAUGUUUUGUAAUUU